AUGGCUCUUCCCGACCCUGACGGUGCCGAAACCGGCCACGGCGACGGCGGCGGCCAAGUUGGAGACACAGUCGACUCCUUCCUCCAACAGUCAUACCUCACAUACAUAAUUCCAUUCGCAACGCAUUUCAGUCCAGAGGAAGCGCUCGGCCAAGGCGAGGGUUCUGUCGAGAGCAAGAUCGCCAAGAUUGAGCAACGCGACCAGCUGUUCUUUGAUGAGACGGUCGACGUAUAUCUCAUCCUUCGGGCCCUCUGCCAUGACGAGCAAACGCUGCGUCUGCAUCUGCUCCGCCUUGUCCUCUCGCUCGACGCCCACAUCAUGAACAGUGCUGCGCUAGAUCGGGACCUCCCGCCAGCGUCCGAAGUCGUCUACACUGGUGCCGUCGAACAUGUGGAACAGGCCCUCAUCGUGGCGGGCGAGGCGCACGAGGGAGGUGGACGGCACUUUUACGCUCUGUGGAAGCUGCCAGUCCUCCUCAGCCGCCCGAGGAUUCGGCUCCAGCUGCCAUAUGCCGUGUUCUGCAGCACUGCAAGUUUGAAGACAGCGGCUGAUGGGCCCUUGGACGGGUUGCGCGAGGGGUAUAUGGCCAGCGGCAUGCCGUCUGCCAUGAACCUGCUCGAGGCCUUCGCCGACGACCCGAUGCUAGGCGGUGUCAAGCCCCGGCUUUCCGCCCAGCGCGUCUCAAAAGUAGCACCCGUCACAAAAUCAAAGGAUACGCUCCACCGAAUAAACGGACUACAAAGUCUAAGGCUGAAGAUCUACCCGGUCCUUCACACUCGGGUCCGCUUUUCACGCCCCAACACCACCCCGCCCAGCUCAUCCCUGAUAGCUCUCCUUGAGAUCGACUUCACCCCUUUUUUUGAGUGUGAAGUGGCCCUGGACAGGAUCAACCUCAGCAUUUCGGACGGGACGGUAGAAGAUCUCAAUAUCCAAGACGGCAUGAGCCUUCCGCUGAGCUGCGUUGCCCACGACCACCUCACCUUCCUCUACAAGCUCUCCCCGCCAAGGCUCGACCACACAACCAAGACCACGCCGGCGCAAGAGCUCCAUAUCACCAUCGAGGCUCUCGUCCUCGUCCGUCCAGCAGGCGAGCCCAACCCUUGCACACCCCGCCUGGUCAUGACAUGGCCGACUCCCGUCGACUUUACCCCGCCAGUCAACCCGGGCUUUGGCCAGCCCAUGACCAAACCAAUCCAGCGCUCGCACCGCCCAAGCCAGCUCUCCAUCAGCGGCGGAGUCGACGCCCAGCCUCUGGUCUCACCCUCCGUCAGCCGGCCGGACGCGCUGCCCUCCCUGGAAGCGGCGGCGGCCGAGGCCGCGCGCACAGUCGAGACCGCCCUUCCCGACUUCGGCAUAACCAUGACCUUCAGCGGUCCGGCGGGACCGGUCCGUCUCGGCGCCGAGUUCACCUGGACCGUGUUCGUGGUCAACCAUUCCCGCCCAGAUCCUUCCACCUCCACCUUCACCACCGCCAGUGCUGCUACCAUACCCCCCCGAUCAUCCCCCACCGCACCAACACCCGCAGUCCAUCAUCCACAUCAUCACCCAGCCUCCGCCCGCAAGCUGAUGCUCCUCCCGAUCCACCGACGAAGCAGGCGCAACGACCAGCUGCGCGUCACCCGGCCGCCCUCCUCCAUGGUGCCGUCAGCAGCAGCAACAGCAACAACAACAACAAAGCGCGACCCGCUCAUCGCCGACGCCGUGCUGGACGAGGCCGUCGUGCACGCCAUGCAGCGCAGUAGCGUGGUUGACGGCGCAGAGCUCGUCUGCCUGUCGUCGUCGGCCGACAGCCACGCGCGCGUGGGUCCCCUGGCGCCCGGCGCGUGCGCCGUGGCUGAGCUGCGCUUCCUCGCGCUGCGUGCCGGCGUUGUCGGCUUGGAGGCAGUGCGGGUUGUGGACCUGGGCAGUCAGGAGCAUGUGGAUGUGAGGGAUCUGCCGUUGGUUGUUGUUCUUGAUGAUGAUUGA